AUGACAUAUAAUAAUAAUAAUAAUUAUUUAGCACCUCCAUUAAUGACAUCAACCUCUACCUCAACAUCAACAUCAACGCCAACCUCAACUAAAACAUCACCAUUGAAUACAUCAUCUUCAUCAAAUAUUCUAAAGAGUAAUUCAAGAAAUCCAUCACCAAACAAUCCAACCAAUAUAGGUAAUAGUAGUGGUGGUGGUGGUGUUAGUAGUAAUAAUAGUAAUAACAUAGUUUAUAGUAAUAGUAAUAAUAUAAAUACAUCAACAUUUCACUAUAAUUUCAAUGUUAAAUUCAAUGAAAUUGUUAAUUCCAUUGCAGUGAACAGAGCGGGUACACUUGUUUGUUUAGGUGGAAAAAAGUCAUUACAAGUAGUUGAUUUGGAAUUAUUAAAAAGUGUUAGAAAUAUACCACAACAAAGUAAAUGGGAAGUUGGUGUAGUUGAUUGGAAUAGUCAAUCACCAAAUUUAGUUGCUUCAUCUUCAAAUCAAGAUACAUUUAUAUGGGAUAUUGAAAAUCCAAAGUAUCCAUUACUUGGACAAUUUUCAUCACAUCAACGUGCAAUCUCAGAUUUAUCAUGGAGUUUAUUCGAUAAUAAUAUAUUGGCGACUACUAGUGCCGAUUCAUUUGUAAAUAUUUGGGAUUUAAGAACACCAAAGAAAGCAGUAAAAUUUAAAUCUUUAAAAUCUCAUAUUCUUGGUGCAAUUCAAGUUAAAUGGAAUAGAUUCAAUAGUAAUGUUUUAGCUUCUGCUCAUGAAAGUUAUUUAAUGAUUUGGGAUAUUAGAAAAGAUUCACAAGAAUUAAAUACAGCAGUACAUUCAGCAAAAGUUUAUGGUAUUGAUUGGUCACAUAGGGAUGAGAAAGAGAUAUUGACAUGUAGUCAAGAUAAGACUGUAAAAAUAUGGAAUUAUCCAUCACCAAAACCAAAAUCAACAAUUAUAACCUCCAAUCCAAUAUUGAGAGCAAAAUAUUUACCACUUGGUAGUGGUGGUAUUGUGACAAUAUCAGAUCGUGGUGAAAAUCAUAUUAGACUAUGGGAUAGUGCAACUAGUGAUUAUUCAACUCCUGUUGAAACUUUCAUUGGUCAUACUGAUAAUGUUCGUUCAUUCGAUUUCAGAGUUAGAUCCUCUCAAAAUGAUAAUGAUAUUCAAAUAGUAUCUUGGUCAAAAGAUCAAUAUUUACGUCUUUGGAAAUUAGAUGAUCAUUUAAAAGAUUUAUUUAAUAUUGAAUAUAUACCAUUUACACCAUUAAAUUUACCAACAACAACAACAACUACAACCACCGCAACCACUACAACAACAAAUAAUUCUACAAGCGAAAUGUUAAAUGAAUCAACUGAUAAUAAUAAUAAUACAAAUAGUUUAAAUAGUUCAACAUUAUUAUCAACACCAAAUUUAGAAAGUAGUAUUAAUAGUUUAAAUAUGGAAUUAACUAUUGAACAACAACAACUUGAUGAUUCAAAUACACCAAAAGAUUUAGAAUAUGAAUUAAAAAUUAUACAAAGUAAAGUAAUUGAUAAAUAUUUAAAGAUUGAACAAGUCAAUUUAUUUAAAAGGACUUGCGUUGUAAUUUGUACAAUUCCAAAUAAUUAUCAACCAGAUGAUGAUAAUAAUAAUAAUAAUUUAAAUAAUUUAAAUAAUAAUAAUAAUACCCAAGAUAAUAUUGAUAACAAUGAUGAUAAUAAUAAUAAUGAAUUAAUUGAUUCAACAACUGUACAAAUUAGAUUUUCAUUUCCAUCACUUUAUCCAAGUACAUAUCCAAAUUUAGAAUUUAUACCACAUGCUUGUACAACACCAUUGAAAACUAAUUUAUUAAUUAAAUCAACUUUAAAUGAAUUAUGUGCAUUCAAAUCAUCACAAUCUAAAAAUUGUUUUGAACAAUGUUUAAUUGAAUUGGUUAAAUUGGUUAAACAAUAUAUUUUAGAUGAAAAACCAAAAAAUACUUCAAUUAAUAUAACCGAAACUAAUAAUAAUAAUAAUAACCAUAAUAAUUCUGUACAAAAUAAUAAUAAUAAUAAUAAUAAUAAUAAUAAUAAUAAUAAUAAUAGUGGUGGUGGAUUUUUAAAGAAUGUAUUUUCAAAAUCGUCAAAAGCGGUUGAAGUUGUUAAACAACCAUUUAUAAAUUUAAGAAAUUCAAGUGGAAGAAUUGAUAUUAGUCAACAACAACAACAGCAACAGCAACAACAAGCAGCAACAACAUCUACAUCAUCAUCAUCAUCGAGUAGUUCUAACACCCAACAACAACAACAAUUUUUAACAGCAACAGUAUCAAAUAAAGGUGGUACAGUUUUAUCAAAAUCACCAACAUCUCCAAGAAUGUUUGAACAAUAUAGACCUGGUAAAACUAAUAAAACAAAUGAAAUUAUAUUUUUAAAUAAUUAUAAAGAUUCAAAUGAAGAACAAUUACCACUUUCUCCAAUUUUAACAAAUUUAAAUAAUAAUAGUAAUAAUAAUAGUGGUAGUGGUGGUGGUGGUAGUAGUAAUAUGAAUGCAUCAAUAACAACAUCAACCACUACAAAUGAUCAAGUAUCAUUAUCAGUUCAUAGAAAUUCCUAUAGAAUUCAAGAGAAUUAUCCAUGUCCAAGAUUAUGUGGUGCUGUUUUUGGUGGUUGUGGUAAAUUAAUAGUUUUUAGAAAUACAAUUAUAACAAAUAUUCCAAAUAAUAAUAAAAAUAGCGACAAUAGCAAUAAUAAUAAUAGUAGUAGUAGUAAUAAAAAUAGUGACAAUAGUAAUAAUAGUAAUAAUAAUAGUAAUAAUACCAAUAGUAGUAGUAGUAGUAAUAAUGGUGGUAUAGCAAAUGUUGGUGGUGGAUCAUCAUCUACUUCAUCACUCAUUCAUCACCAUCUUCAACAUCUUCAUCUUAAUCAACCUCAAUUAAAUUUAUUAUCUUUAUCAUUAUCCUCAUCUUCUUCAUCAAUUUCUGAUACAACAAAUAAUACUUCAAAUACAACACAAAAUAUACAAAAUACAACUAAAAAUAUUAAUCCACCAAGAACAUACAAAGAAUUAUUAAAUAUUUUAUCAACAACAAAUAAUACAAUUAAAAAUAAUAUUACUGGCAAUAAUAAUAUUAAUAGUAAUAGUAAUACAACAAAUAAUUUAACUUCACCAAAUCCAAAUAGAUUAAAUCGUUUAAAUGAAAAACAACCAUAUUCCUCUUCUCCUUUUAAUGAUAACCCUUUAAUUAAUGAUUAUAAAAAUAAUAUUUUUGGGACACCAUCAACAAGCCAUUCAUUUUUAGCAUCACCACAACCAUCAUCACCAAUUUCAUUUAUGAAUCACAUUGAUACUUUAUUAGAUGACAGUGAAAAUAAUUUAAUGACAAUGGAUAAUAAUAAUAACAAUAAUAUUGUAAAUGAUGAAGAAACUCAACAACUAGUAACUUCAUCUUCACCAACUUUUUCCAAGUCAUCAUUAAAUAAUAUUAAUAAUACAACAAACAAUUCAAAUAAUAAUAGUUCUAAUAGUAAUAAUAAUAGUAAUAGUAAUAAUAAUAAUAAUAAUAAUAAUAAUAAUAAUAAUGUUAAUAACAAUAACGAUAAUAAUAAUGGCAAUGGUAAAUCCUUACAAAAAACUAUGAAAAUAAUUGAUAUAUCAACAUUAUCAUUAUUAAAUGUAAAUUUAGCAAAUUCAUAUAUUUUAUCAGGUAAACCAGUUGAAGAAAUUUGUAAAUAUAAUUCAGAAUUAGCAGAGAAAGAAAACAGAAAAGAUUUAGUUAAACUUUGGAAUACACUUGGAAUGAUAACAGAUUCAAAGUUAUAUCUUAAACAAUUGAUAAAUCAACAACAACAACAAUCACAUUUUGGAUUUAGUGGUAGUUCAGGUAGUACAGGAAUGGGUGGAAGUAGUAGUACUGGUAUUGCAUCAAGUACUGGUAGUAAUAGUAUAAGAAGGCCAACAAAAUUGGAAUCAUCAUUACAUCAAAGUAUUUCAAUGAGUAAUUUAGGUCAAAUUCCUUCAUCUGCCUCUUCAUCAUAUUCACAAACUUCACCAUCAUUACCAUAUAAUCAACUCUAUCAUCAAACCACUUUACAAACACCAUCAUCACCAUCAUCACAACAACAACAAAUACAAUUUUAUCAACAACAAGCAUUACAGCUACAACAACAACAACAACAGCAACAACAACAACAAAGAGAAAUUCAAUUUAAACAAACUCAAUUAAUACAACAAGCACAAAUUGAAGAUAAUGGUUGGCCAAAUCAUGCAUUAGGUAGAAAAUUAGUAAAAUCAUUAAUUGAUUACUAUAAGAAAUUGGAAGAUGUUCAAACAUUGGCUACAAUAUCUUGUAUUUUAAUUUUAGCUGCAAAUCAAUUACAAAAAUUGAAAAAUGGUGAAUCGAUAACCUCAAUUGGUUCAUCGUCUUCAUCAUCAUCAUCUUCAUUGGCAUCUUCACCUUUAACAUUUUCUGCUGGAGGUGGUGGUGGUGGUAGCUACUCACCAAUGUUUAAUUUCUCUGCAAUUUCAAUUAGUGCUCCAAUGGGUAUUGAUGAUAUGGUUUCAAAACAAAAAGGUCAUCUUUAUAACUAUUAUGGUCAGCAACAACAUAGCCACUAUCAUCAUGGAUAUCAACAUCAUAAUAUUCACCAAACCUAUGGUAGUCAUCCAAAUGAUGUCAUUACCUAUGAUCCAAAUCUUUGUUUAUUAGAUCCAAAUAAUUCAAAAAUUUACGAUUACUAUAGACAACAAUAUUCAGAUUUAUUAUAUCGUUGGGGUCUUUUAGAAAAGAGAGCAGAGGUAUUGAAAUAUAUUCAACAUAAGGAAGUAGAUAAGGGUAUUAAUUUCUCAAUUGAAUGUAUAAAAUGCAAUAGAAAGUUAAAUAACUUUUAUUGUAACAAUUGUAAGAUAUAUGCCGUUAAAUGUUCAAUUUGUAAUAUUUCAGUACGUGGUCUUUCAAGUUUUUGUCUUUAUUGUGGUCAUGGUGGUCAUACUAAUCAUAUUAAAGGUUGGUUUGAAAAACAAACCAAAUGUCCAACUGGCUGUGGUUGUACUUGUUCUUUUAAUUUACCUUUUAUUCAACAACAACAAUAUCAACAACAAUUACAACAACAACAACAACAAUUACAACAACAAUUACAACUACAACAAACACAACAACAACAACCACAACAUUAUCAACAACAUCGUCAUAGUAUGAGUGGAACUUCACAUUAUCAUCAACAACAACCACAUACUCAUAAUUAUCAACAACAUAUUUCUUCAUACGCUCAUACAACUUAUCAACCACAUACUCCAAGAAAUAAUGGUCAACCAGUUCUACCACAACAAAGAAGAUAUAGUAUUUCAACAUUUGAUCCACAACAAGAACAAGACCAUGAAAAAUUUAAUCAUGGUGGUGGUAGUGGUGGUGGUGAUGCCAUUUUUCAUGAUAUUUUAUUUUCACCAAAUUCAUCAUCAUCCUCUUCUUCUUACCAACAACAAACUAAAAAUAGUCAUCAAUAUCAUCACCCAAGUAACCCAUAUAUGUUUUCAAAUUAA